CCUAAUUUUGCUGAUUUUUUUCCUCAAUCGAUUGAACUGGUUUUAUUAUUAAGUGAAUUAGUGAAACAAUAAAACGAGGAGGUUGAUUAAGUGGAAAGAGGAUAAUUAAUUUUUGCAAAAUCAAUAUGAUAAUUAAAAUUUAUUUUGUACCAAAUUUGUAAGGAUAAAAGAUAAAAGAUUAAAUGACUUUUUAUUUAAAUAAUGUUUUUUAUUAACAUUUUGAUAAUAAUUAAUUCAAAAAAUUAACUCAACUAGGGAAUAAUAAAUUAAUGAUGUUUUAAACUGGUUAAAUCGACCAACAAUUUCAGUUAAUAGCUCACUCAAGUCAACAAUGGUUUGGCGAAUGAGUUAAAUAAUACAAAUGAGAGGAGUAGCGAUUUGCACUAUACUUUUUUCGAAUACAAAGUAGGUUGAGGGCAAAAAUAGACUAGUGAAGGGACAAGAAGAAAUGAAUUCAUAUAUUUUUCAGAAAAUAGUAUUCAGACAAUACUCAAUUUUCUUAAACACUAUACUUCUUGAAUCUUAAUUUUGACUUUUGUACAUUGAGUUAUAAUAACAAUUUUAUUUUGAGCUAAAUGACUCAUCUAACUUAAUUGAAAUAUAUCUAGUUUGGGUCUUGAACACUCUUUUGUUAAACCUUUUAGACGUUAUUGGCACUUUUUAAAUGCUUAAGACUAAUUCUUCGUUAAGACCGUUUUAUGGUUAAACGACCUAUAUUGAGCUGGUCUGAAUUAUAAUUUUUAAAAAAAUGUAUUUUAUAAAGGGUUUUAGAUAAUAAAUCAGUUAACAAAUUUCUGUUUUUUAAAUGAGCUUCUUUUGGGUUCUCUCAUAAUAAAUGGGUUUCGUAAAAGACAAAAUGAACGUUAAAACGUUUUUUUAAAAUUUAGACUUUUCAUAUGGGCCUAUCUCACUAUAAGACAGUCUCCUGCAAAAGUUAUUCUACAUUCAUAGGGCUAGUGAGUUGAUUGAGGCCUGCCCAUAUGCUAUUUAGCCCAUUCUCAAUACUCCCUCCGAUCUUUCAAUAUAGUCCCAUAUAGGUUGGGUACGGAUAUUAAGGGUUGUGUGGGGUCCAUUAAAAAGGGUAAAUAGUAAAGGGUAAGUAGUGAAGGAUAAGUAGUGAAGGGUAGUUGGGUAAGUAAGGUAUAUGGGGGUAUAUUCGUAAUUACUUGUGUGAACUAAGGGUAUUUAAGUAAAAAAGGAUUGCCAAAAAUAGAAAUGGGACUAAUUCAAAGGUUUUGCCAAAUAAGGAAAUGGGACUAAAUUAAAAGAUCGGAGGGAGUAUUAUUUUAGCAUCACCCAAAUUAGUUGAAUGGGCCUAUUCAUGUGCAAAUUUUGCCCAUUUUCAAUUCUAUUUGGGCAUAGCCCAAUUUAGUUGAAUGGGCUUGCUCAUGUGCUACUUGAGCCAGCCCAUGUGCUAAUUUAGCCCAUUCCCAAUUCUAUUUGGCCCCACCUAAUUUUUUCCAUUUAAAACUAAAGUCCAAAUUAAUUUCACUAAAUCUUUAUUGAGGCCGUCUCACUGUGAGACGAUUUUAAUUAGGUCAGCCUAAACUAUUUUAUAAUAAAAUUGCUUCUUGUACGAUCGUGAACUCAUAUUUCAUUGUUUUUUUAAUGUCUUUUUACUAAUGAACUGCUUGUAUGGUUUCGUUUCACGGUGAGACUAUUUCAUACAAGACUUCUGAAUUUCUUCUUUUUACUUUUCAAGUUUUUUUUUUUGUUUUGUUAGAAUUUACAAGUAGGUGAAAGAGGGGAUAAUUAAAUGAAAAUUGAGUCUAAAAUUCUUUUAGAAAAGUGAUAUUUGUUUUCCAACUAAGACAAUUUAACAAUUGUUGUGCACUUUAAAAUAAAAUAAAAAUGGACAAUUAACCAAUUCUCUAAUUGGUUAAUUUAAAAUUAUAUAUAAUUAUUUCAAUAGACUAAAUAUACAUAAACUAGCUUAAUAAAAAUAAUUUAAGAAUUGCAAAAUAAAACAUAUUUCAGUGUUUUAUGGGCGAAUAAACGGACGAUUAGAAAUAAAUCACCAUGUAACUAUCAUUAUCCAAAUCAAAUCGGAGCGUAUAUAAGAUGAGCCGUUUAAUAUCCAACGGCCCACAUUCUUUAAGGAGCGGCCUUAUAACGUUUGAAAUUUCCUCUCCAACGGUCACAAAUAAAUUCCCAAAUUACAAAAUACAAAUCCUCUUGUUCUUCCUCUAAGACCCAUUUCUUCUCUGCAUACACUUACAAGAAUCAAGUUCCUUUUCUCUUUCAAGAUACAAUUUAAUUCUUUUUUCUUUAUUCCUUCAAUCCAGAAAGAAAAAAUGAGUGUAAUUCAACAAUACCCAGAAACGAUUAAUUCUAAAGACCUUCAAAUUUGGAAUAAUGCAGCAUUUGAUAAUGGGGAAUCUGAAAAUUCUGCAAAUCUUAAGUUUUCUUGGUCAGAUAUGAAACAAUUAUCGUCAAUCAAUCUAUCUGAAUCUCUUCAAUCUGAUUCUACUAAAGAGAAUCGAAGCCCUUCAAUUGUUGAAUCCCUUGUUUUAAAAUCUUCGUCUUCUAAUAAUCCUCUUCGUAAUAAUAAUUUUAUUGAAAAUACCCCACAAAAUCCGACGUGCAAAAUUUCUGCCUCAGAAAAGGGGAAUAUUUGUGAGGAAAGAAAUAUUGAUAGUGAGAUUGAGGAAAUUGAGAAAGAGAUUAGUCGAUUGUCAUCGAGGUUAGAGUCUCUUCGCCUUGAAAAGGCGAAGAGAAAUACUAAGAUGGUGGAGAAAAGAGGAAAGAUUGUAGCUGCCAAGUUUAUGGAUCUACCAAAGCAGAGUAUUCGAAGUUCGAAUGAACAGAGUAAGAUUGAGGAAUCAAUGAGUUUAAGUGCUAAAAUGAAGACACGCAGAAGGGGAUUAAGCAUGGGCCCCACUGAGAUCAUGAGAGGAGUGAGAAGGGGGAUUAGUCUUGGUCCAGCAGAGAUAUAUUCUGCUACAAAACUGAGGCAAUUGAGUAAGCAAGAUAUUACAACCCCUGUUCAGCAGAGUGCAAACAGAAGAAAAUCUUGUUAUUGGAAACUAGAUGAAAUUGAUGAGUUAAAGGUAACAAAAGAGAGAGGAAAAUGCUCGAGUCUUAGCCCAAAAUCGCGGUAUAAAACUGUUUUGAAAACGCAGGUGCCAAGGCAUGCUGCAACAACUGUUGGGUCUAAGAAGACAACAAAGAAGGAAGAUGCUGUUGUUUCUUCAAUUCAACCAAAGAAACUUUUUACAAAAGAAGGGGACAAAUCAGCUGUCAAGAAGCCAUUGAAGAGUGGUAGAGUGGUUGCUAGUAGGUAUAAUCAGGUUUCAAAUGGGGGAAAUUCGGCGAUAAAAGAGCUUAGGAAGAGAUCAUUGCCUGAAAAUGAGGAGGAUAGAAUGAGGUCUGAUAAGAAACGUGUUUCUUUGACUGAGAAAUCUCAAGUAGGGGAGCAAUCAACCACCGAAAAUAGGGUGAAAAAGAGGUGGGUUAUCCCAACUGAAGGGAUGGUUCCAAUAUUAUUUGAUCAAAACACUCCUUUAUCUGUAUCGAAAAUCCGGGCUCCAAAAAUAAAGAAUUUGAGGUGCAUACAUGAGAGUCCACGAGAUUCUGGCCCGGCAAAAAGGAUAUCUGAGUUGAUUGGGAGGAAGUCUUUCUUUAGUAUGGAUAAUGGCCUAAAUGAGGAAGUUGAGGAAUCUGUAAUUUGUCAGUCUUUGAGUUUUGCUGAUGAACAGGUCAUGGAGGAGUAUCCUAAAAUUCGUGUUUUUAGACAUAUUGAUGAGAGUCCGCGAGAUUCAGGUGCAGUUAAGAGAGUGUCUCAACUUGUUGGGAGGAAGUCAUUUUUCAAUGAUGAAGAUGAGAUGCCGGUGUUCAGUUUCGAAGAGGAAGAUGGUGAAGAACAUUGAAGUCUGAAUUUUCAUGCUAAUGUUGAUAUAUAUUAGCAGUAUUGUUGGGGGGGGGGGGGGGGGGGGGUGGGGAACUGAGGUUAAGCAUGCUUGUGCUUGCGUUGGACUAGUCUACUUUUUAGUACCAUGGAGACUUGCUUUUAUAAUGUGUUUUGCUUAAAUUGGAUUUAAAGAUAGUAAAAUGAGUUGUGGAUGAUUCAAAGAUGGUAAAGUGAAUUUAUGUUAUUGGAUUUUUAGGCUUUGAAAGAUGUCUUGUUGCUUCCAUUUCCAUUCAGUUGUAAUAAUGCAUUGUGUGUUUUGUGAUUGAAUAAUAAUUUCUUGGUGAAGUGGGUUUGAUUAACCGUGAGCUACAUUUGCUUGGUCAAUUGAUUUGUCUCUGUGUCGAGAUGGUGGGGGAUGUGUGGCAAUUGGCUGUAGGUUGAUGACUUUGUUUGACUAGUUGAUAAUAUUUUUAUGUGUGAUAAAAUUAGUUGUUGCCUUUUGUUUCUUAAAUUUAAAGUAGGUCCUAAAAUUCAAAGCCAACUUUUUUGACUUUACCAAAUACUUUCUGCCGUUUACCUCACACGUCUUUCCGCCGUUUGACCUGAUAGGAGUGAUUGAAUGAAAUAAUAUUGAAAGAGUUAAUUUACAAACUAAAGCUAUGCACUACAAAUAAGAAGUAAAGAUUGCUAGAAUAAUUUUAGGAAGGAUAUGGAAACUAGAAUAAUGAAAAGAAAGGCGAUAAUCAAACUAAUAGUAGUGUGUAGCCACUGGAUGAUCAUGGAGGAUAGUCAUGAAUAUCAAUUGUACUAUUCUCCUUAACAUGACCAACCAAAAAGGCAAAAGUCAAAUGUCAACCAAAAAGCCAACACCAUUAGCCAAACACACGGUAUGAUUGCAUGGAGCGAGGUGUUGAUAGAAAUUGGAACAAGUCUUUUGGGAGCAAAUCUUGCUGCUUCCGACUAAAUUGUGUGAUUUUGAGCUUAACUUCAAUUAGUUAAGUUUGAUGGAAGUGGAAGCCAAUGUUGCUUGAAUGAUUGUUUUAUCCAUAUUAUAUUUGAUUAUUUCCGCUAUUUCUGCAAAUAACUAGCUAGAUUCCGUUACUCACGAUAACUAUAAGAAUGACUCAAGAUUCCACUUAAGGCCCGUAUGCUCGAGUUGGAGAGUUGUGGAACUAGGUGUCGGUAGACUGAUGUAAUGGUCUUUUGGUGCAUUUUCAGACCUUGCAGUUAUAGAUCACAUAAUUCUAUUCAGUCAUUCAAACACCAAAACCAAAUUGCCCAUUUUCUGCUUCACAUCUAUAGGAUAUAGUCAAGGCUGGAGACUAUAAUUUAAGUUUUCAGCGAAAUGUACAUUUCAUACAAGUAUCUACAUCUACACUGAGACUAUAUCAAAAAGAUAGAUGCUUAAUUUAUCUUCUUUUAGUAUAUUUCUGUGAGUUAUUAUCAUAUCAGUAAAAUAAUGACACAACUACAAAUUCCUGU